AUGGGAUUUUUUUUUUUUUUUUUUUUUUUAGGUGUUGGAAAAACAACUUUGAUCCAGAAAGCCAGCGAGGUUUUAAAGUCGUCUGGGGUGCCUGUCGAUGGAUUUUACACAGAAGAAGUCAGGCAGGGAGGAAGGAGAAUAGGUUUCGAUGUCGUCACGUUGUCUGGCCUGCGGGGACCUUUGUCUAGAGUCGGGUCAGGGCCUCCUCCUGGAAAGCGAGAAUGCCGAGUCGGCCAGUACGUGGUGGAUCUGAUGUCCUUCGAGCAGCUGGCACUUCCCGUCUUGAAAGCAGGUUCUAGCAGUGGCCCAGGGCCGAGAGUGUGUGUCAUCGAUGAGGUCGGGAAGAUGGAGCUCUUCAGCCAGCCCUUCAUCCAGGCUGUUCGUCAGACACUGGCCGCCCCAGGGACUGUGGUCCUGGGCACAAUCCCGGUGCCUAAAGGGAAACCACUGGCCCUCGUGGAAGAAAUUCGGACCCGAACAGACGUGCAGGUGUUCAGCGUCACCAGGGAGAAUAGGAACCACCUCUUGCCGGAUAUUGUGACAUGUGUGCAGAGCGGCAGGAGGUGAAGGUGAUGUGAUGUGUGUUUUGCUGCCCUUCCCGGAGCAGCCUCGCCUGUUGGGUCCAGGCCCUCGGUUCUGGAACCGUGUGGGCUCCUGCACAGAAAGCCUGACAGCUGUUUCCCAUAAACCCUUUAGAAGAGGAAUUAGCCUCAGUGCUGCAUCGACUGCAAGACUAAUCAUCGUGUGCUUAUUUAUGCUGCGCGCUGUUUAUUUCCCCUUGCAGUUGUGCGUAUGAUUGGGGUAAAUUAUGAAACGAGGAAUGGUUCUCCGAGCCCCAGAUGGGAUUUGCCCCCGUGAAGUUGAUGAAUGUGUUGGGGGAGGGGGGGAGGGGAGUUCACUCCUCAUCGGUCCUGCACGUCAGGAACGUGAAUCCCUCCCAGGGGCUGCUGUGGUCUCAUGUAGCUUGAAGUGGUAACAGUUUUUGAUUUUUAAAAGGAAGCCAUUUCAGCCCCCCCUUACUGUUUAUUUGUUUGCUUAUUAAUAAAGUAUACAUGGAUGAGA